AUGGCUACAUCAAGUGACACGUCUGAUCAAAAUGUGAAAUCCAGACGUCCUGCAGAAUCUGCAUUCAAGCAACAACGUUUACCUGCUUGGCAGCCUAUUUUAACGGCGGGCACCGUGCUUCCGACCUUCUUUGUGAUCGGUAUAGCUUUCAUUCCCGUUGGAAUUGGUCUACUUUACUUUUCCGAUGAGGUAAAGGAGCAUGUUAUUGACUACACCUACUGUUUGAAGGAAGAUGAGAAUAUAACUUGUGCUGAAUUUAUAAGGCAAAACAACAUGGACCCAUGUGUUUGCCAAAUACCAUUCAAUUUGACUGAAGAUUUUAAGGGUGAUGUGUACUUUUACUAUGGUCUCAGCAACUACUACCAAAAUCAUCGUAGAUAUGUUAAAUCAAGGGAUGACAGUCAGUUGCUUGGAAGGCUCUCGUCUCCACCGUCGUCAGAUUGUGAACCGUUUGCAUAUGCCGAGGAAGAUGGAAAAAUGAAACCUAUAGCACCAUGUGGAGCCAUAGCUAACUCUUUAUUUAAUGACACCUUAACUGUUCAUUCUGUGGAUUUAAAUGUUGAUGUUCCUGUGUUGAAAACUGGUAUUGCCUGGACAUCUGACAAAGAUAUCAAGUUCAGGAACCCACCAGGUGACCUAAAGACUGCCUUUGCUAACUACACCAAACCAAUUAAUUGGCGCAAACCAGUGUGGAUGUUGGAUCCUAAUAACUCAGAAAAUAAUGGUUUCCAGAAUGAAGAUCUCAUUGUAUGGAUGCGUACAGCAGCACUGCCGACAUUCCGCAAACUUUAUCGCAUUGUUGACCAGCAAGUUGGCUUCAUUGCCGGAUUGGUUAAGGGGCCUUAUGUGCUGAAAGUGGAUUACAAUUACCCCGUAACAGAUUUUCAAGGUACCAAGACAUUUAUAAUAUCAACAACUUCUCUUCUUGGUGGAAAGAACCCAUUUUUGGGUGUGGCAUAUGUGGUUGUUGGGACACUUUGUUUGUUAUUGGGCAUUGUACUACUCGUUAUUCAUGUUAGAUGCUCUAAGAGAUAUCCCCCUCCCCUACCCCACUCCAGCUAUAUUGAACAAGUUCCUAUUCAACAAAAUAUAAAUAUCACUUCGUGA